AUGUAUCAUUUGGAACGUAUUGAUCGCGAAGCUAAUUCAAAUUCUGUUAUGAAUCAACCUGAGAGUAACGGUGGUAAUAAAGUACGCCCUGGUUUUCGUUAUUGGCGCAGAUUCAAGCGAUGGAUAAAAGUCAAAAAAAUCGAACCUGAGAACUGGAACAACGUCAUGGAUCCCAACGCUCCCGUCCUUUUCAUUCUCCUUGAAACUAUUUUUUAUUUUUCGUAUGUAAUCAAAGGUAACCGAGAAUUAAUGAAUAUUUGA